UUUGAUUCAGCUAUGGUGGAUUAGGGCUUAGGGGUUUUGUUGUGAAGAAUGAGAGUUGGAGUUUCCGUUGUGUUGUUGCAGUGACGAAGAACACGAUGGGGAAGGAGGUGGGAGAUGUGACGGCAAGCAUGCGGCCGCAGCUUCUAGGCAAAGUGAGGAGGCAGGCGGCGAAGGUCGUAGGGACUUUACUGAAAGGCGACGCUGAUCGGCGUGCCUCUGCUUCAAUGAAGUCUCUGAUUUACGCGCCCUCCGUAGUAGCGAAGAAGGCCACUCUUGCUCUCACCUGCCAAACUUUGAAAUAUCUUCCAGUUUUGAAGGAAGUGAUAGCUUUCACCGAUUUGCUUAGUGGUAAAAAAAAGAUGCCCGUGGAGCUGGUCUAUGUGCUAGUAUGCGACCUUUUAUUUGGCCAGGAUGUUACAGACACUGGCGAUGCAGAGAAGCAAGUGUUAACAAGGAAAUCUGCGCUGCGUUCUGCUCUAGCUCGGCUUUUAGUGAAAAGAAAUGUUUCAAGUGCUGAGGAGCUGUUACCCUUGGAGGCGCAGAAUUCUGGUCCUGCGAUACCACGAUAUGUUCGGGUGAAUACUCUGAAAAUGAGCACUAGAAAAGCCAUUACAAUUCUUCGUGAAUCUAUCAAAGAUGUAGAGAUAGAUGACCUCAUACAGGACUUGCUGGUGUUGCCUCCAGGCACCGACCUUCACAAGCACCCCCUCGUCUUAAACGGAUCUAUUGUAUUACAGGGAAAAGCAAGUUGCAUGCCUGCUCAAGCACUGUCACCAGCUUGUGAUUGGGAGGUGUUGGAUGCUUGUGCAGCCCCUGGAAACAAAACAGUACAUUUGGCUGCUUUAAUGGCAGGGCGUGGCAAAAUUACUGCUUGCGAGAUCAAUGAAAAAAGGGCUCAGAGGUUGCAAGAGACAGUGCGAUUAACGGGAGCAACUAAUGUUACAGUCCGACAGCAAGAUUUCUUGACAAUCGAUCCAACUCUGCCGGAAUUUACCAAGGUGAGGGGAAUAUUGUUAGAUCCAUCAUGCUCGGGAUCAGGGACAACUGUGCAACGAUUGGACCAUCUCCUUCCAUCUGCUGGAACGGAUAAAAACGAUGAUCAAGAGAAAGAUAGAAUAGAGCAGUUGGCAAGGUUCCAAGAGACAGCUUUACUUCAUGCUCUUUCAUUUCCUUCUCUUGAAAAGUUGGUGUACAGCACAUGCUCCAUUCAUCAAAGAGAGAACGAGGAUGUUGUUUUGGCUGUACUGCCACAUGCUAAAGAAAAAGGAUUCGAACUUUCAAAUCCAUUUCCAAGUUGGCCUCAUAGAGGUCUUCCUGUCUUUGAAGGAGCCGAUCUCCUUAUUCGUACAGAUGCUUUAAGGGACAAGAUGGAUGGAUUUUUUGUAGCAUUAUUUGUUCGCAAGUCGAGCAGUUCAACUAGCAAAAAAGCCUCCGAUGAGUUAGAAUCACUAGACCCUGAGGGUCACUGCGAGAAAGAGCAGGAUGCCAGGACCUCACUGCAACGACGCAGGAAACUUAAGAGGCAACGCAAAAAGGAGCAGCAGGCCCUUAAUGCAAAAAUCAACUGACAGGUGGAGUACCAAUGAUCCAUUAGACAAAACAUAAUCUGGGACAUUUCCUAAAGGUUUACCAGGCGGUUUGCUAUCAUUUAAUACCAUGUGCUCGCCGUGAAAUACUUAGCGUGCAGCAUUACAGAUGCCACUCUUUUAGAAUUUUAAGUUAGAUAAUUUGGCUGUAUGAAAAUGUUAUUUUCUUCACAAAAUUAUGGUUGAAUUAUAAAUCCAGAGGUUGUUUCCUGAUUUACA